AUGCAGAACGAACAGCUAAACGAAUUUACUCCAGCAGAGCAUAUUCAUCAGAUUCGCUCAUAUUUCGAUAUCAUAGACAAUGCAGUUCAAAUUGGUGACACUAAUAGAAAAUAUUCUGACGCAAAGAUUCCAUCACAACCUGGAACUGCUAAAGAUAACACAUGGGUAACAUUCAAUCUCUCACCUCCUGGUGAAAAUAUGUUGGACCUUUACAAUACAUUCAUUACGUAUAAAAUGGAAGGUCAAUUUAUUGUAGAUAAAGAAAUUGGUUCAGGUUCCAAUAAAACAAACCCACCAGGAUUUUGGAUUGGUUUCGAUGACGCUUUCUAUGCAGUUGCUGGAUAUCAAAUCCUUGCAAAUGGUCGUAUCGUAUAUUCUCAAGACAACGCAAGAGAAGAAGCAUAUAUAACUUCAAACUCACAAACUACCGAACAAAUAAAGAAAGUAGAUGUUUUCUCAAAGACUCGACAUGAAGAUGUAUGGAGUCAUUCGGGAACAUGCAGAACAGGACAAAUUGUUAGUGGUCCAAUUACAGCAGGAAAAUCAUUUGAUUUUAAGCUUCGUUUAAGAAUUCCUGUUAGAAGAUUCCUUCCAUUAGAAGCUAUUCGAUUUAUUCCAGCUUUUGCAGGAAACAUUCAGCUUAAA